AUGCUGUGGGUCCAUCUCAGUGGCCUCCACGAGGCCGCGCAGGUGACCGUCCAGCUGCAGAGAGCAGACAGGACCCACAGCAUCACCCUGCCGGAGAGGAAGGUCCAGGAGCCUCAUCUGUACCUGAACAUCACCUUCCCCGCGCCAUCCCCCUCCAAAGGGCAGGAGGAAAUCGUAGACCUGCAUAUCUCAAUCCAGGGAGAUUCCCUGGAUGUCUCUGAUAAGAAGAAGGUGAUGCUGAGAGCCCUGGAGCCUGGGAUCUUCAUACAGACAGACAAAACUGUCUACAAGCCUGGACAGCAAGUGAAGUUUCGAAUUGUCUCUUUGGAUAAAGACUUCACUCCCAGCAAUAAGAAGCUGCCCCUUGUGCUCCUGAAGGAUCCCAGUGGGAACCGCAUCGCGCAGUGGCGGGAGGUGAGCCCGCGGCAGGGCAUCGUGGACCUGUCCCUCCCGCUGGCUGCAGAGCCGGCCCUGGGCACGUACCUCAUCGAGGUGGAGGGGAAGAGCCACUCCUUCAGCGUCGAGGAAUAUGUGCUGCCCAAGUUUGAGAUGACUAUUCAUCUCCCUGCUGUGGUGCUGGAGGGGGAAGAGAAGUUCCAGAUGCAGAUUUGUGGAUGCUACACCUACGGGAAGCCCAUCCAGGGGAGGGUCCAGGCCAGCUUGUGCCGGCCCUUCAGGCACAUGAGGAUCCUGUAUGGACUUCACGAUGCCAACCAGAAAAAGAUGAACUGCACCGAGGCUGGUGGGCAGACCGAGAAGAACGGCUGCUUUUCAACAGAGGUUUUGUUGGCUGCCUUCAACCUGACCAGGUCCAUGUAUCGGAAGCAAAUCCAAGUCCAGGCAUCGCUGGUGGAGGAUGGGACAGGGCUGGAGCUGAAAAGCACUAAGAGCUGCAAGAUUUUACCCGAAAUCCUCACCGUCACCUUCGAAAACACCAAUGAUUUCUACAAGCCUGGCAUCCCCUACACUGGGACGAUGCUGCUGAAGGGAGCCGACGGUGCCGUGCUGCCGCAGAAGCAGCUCUUGCUUGUCGUUAGCCAGCAAGGAGAAGAUACAAGACAGACCUUCCUGACAGACAGAUCAGGGAGAGCCUCCUUCGAGCUGGAGACCUCUGGUUGGAGUGGCACGGUCUCCCUGCGUAGCAAAAGCUUCCUGUGGAUCCACAGGCUGGAGAGCGAGCUGCCCUGCGGCCAGCCCCAGCAGCUCUGGGUGGACUACAUCUUCAGCAAGGAGGCCUUAGGGACUGAGCUGGAGAGCCUGGAUGUGGUCUUCCUGGUCCUGGCCAAGAGGACCAUUGCCACCAUCCUCAGGAAAGAGCUGCCUGCAGAGGCUGGGCUGAGAGGCUGCUUCUCCCUGGAGCUGCCCAUUGGCCCCGAGCUGGCACCCACGGCCAAAGUGCUGGGCUACGCGGUGCUGCCCGAUGGCGAGAUGGUGGCUGACAGCACCGAGCUCAGGGUGGCCAAGUGCUUCCCCAACAAGGUGAAGAUGGCUUUUUCAGAGGACACGGCUCUGCCCGGCUCAGCACUGCGGCUGGAGCUGGAGGCUGCCCCAGGGUCCCUGUGUGCUGUCCGUGCCAUGGACCACAGCGUGCUGCUCUUGAAGUCCAAGGCUGAGCUCAACACAGAGGCGGUGAGUGGUGGCUUUGAUUACCCUGUCACCUAUUUGCGGAUAUUAACUGAUGUCCCAGAAGUAAUGAACCGUGGUACCCCAGUUGUUGCUGACCAGGAAGAGCCACCAACACCCCAGACGGAGGGGGGCUCCGCGGAGGUGACGGUGACAGUGCCCGAUGCCAUCACCACAUGGGAAGCCGGGAUGUUCUGCACGGCACCGCAGGGCUUGGGCCUGGCCCCUGCCACCACCCUCACAGCCUUCAAGCCCUUCUUCGUGGCGCCAAGCCUUCCCCCUGGUGGCCACCGUCUUCAAGUACCUGCAGCAGUGCUUACGGGGCUGGGGAGGGGGCUCUGGAUCUGGGGUCCGGCGGGGGCUGAUGGAGCUGUGGCCAUGGGCCGGCAGGUUCAGGUGACGCUGGCGGAGUCAGUGGAGCUGGAGGUGUCGGCGAGCGCGGAUGAGGCAUAUGGUGGCUGUAUCUGCAUGGAUGAAGCGAGGACCUUCCGGUGGGGCAUGCGAGCCACAAGCCUGGGUACAGAGGAGGUGAACAUCACCAUCAGCACUGAGGCCCUCAGCUCCAAGGAGCUCUGUGGCAACGAGAUGCCUGUGGUGCCGGCCCAGGGGCGUGUGGACACCAUAAAUAAGCCCUUGUUGGUGCAGCCUGGGGAGAUCCUGGUGGAGAAGGCACACAACUCCCUGCUCUGCCAGGAAGGUAGGACUGGCCGGGGGUUCACUGAAGAAGUCUCUCUGGAGGUUCCUGCAAACAUCUUGGAGGGCUCCCAGCGAGCCCACGUCACCGUGAUGGGUGACAUCAUGGGCAAUGCUCUGCAGAACCUGGACCUCCUCCUGGCCAUGCCCUAUGGCUGCGGGGAGCAGAACAUGGUCCGCUUCGCCCCCAACAUCUACAUCCAGCAGUACCUGGAGAAGAGCGGGCAGCUGCACCCCGACAUCCGUGCCAAGGCGCAGGGCUUCCUCCAAAGUGGGUACCAGCGAGAGCUGCUCUACAAACAUGAUGACGGCUCUUACAGCGCCUUCGGGAAGAGCGAUCCCAGGGGCAAUACGUGGCUGACAGCGUUUGUUCUCAAGUCCUUCGGGCAAGCCAGAACCUACGUGACUGUCGAGCGGCACAUUACGGACGCGCUGCGCGGGCUGCAGAAGCAGCAGCAGGAGAUGGGCUGCUUCCGCAGCCUGGGGAAGCUCUUCAACAACACCCUGCAGGGUGGUGUCUCAGACGAGCUCUCGCUGUCAGCUUAUGUCACGGCUGCGAUGCUGGAGCUGGGGCUGUCCCCCACGGACCCAAAGGUCAGCUCAGUCCUGCAGUGCCUGGAGGCUUCGGCCACAGAUGACCCCUACACGCAGGCGCUGCUCGCCUAUGUCUUGGGGCUGGCGGGGCGCGAGGAGCAGCAGCAAAGCCAGCUGCAGAGCCUGGCGCAGCACAGCGCCAGCAGGGGCAGCUCUACUGGCGGAGGAAGGGGAAGGUUCUGCCCGCCUCGCAUUGCCGCCAUGCCGGCGGAGGUGGAGAUGACCGCCUACGUCCUCCUGGCCUACCUCACCCAGCCGCAAAUGUCCUCUGCUGACCUGGGGAUGGCUUCCCAAAUCGUCCGCUGGCUCAUCAAGCAGCAAAACCCCUACAAGGGCUUCGCCUCCACACAGGACACUGUGGUGGCCCUGCAAGACCUGGCCAAGUACGCUGCCCUGACGUACAGCAGCAACGGGGACUUCACGGUGACAGUGACGUCCCCAGCAGGCACCGUGCAGGACUUGGAGCUGCACAACAGCAACCGGCUGGGCUGUGCCCUGGUGCAGGUGACCCUGCGCUAUAACGUGCCACCCCCUCCAAGCGUGGGGACGUUUGACCUCCACGUGGAGACAGAGCCCGGGGAGUGCAGAGGGGACGCCAGCACCCGCUUCCGCCUCCUCCUCCGGGCACGGUACACCGGGGAGCGUCCCACCACCAACAUGGCUGUCAUCGAGGCCAAGCUGCCGUCUGGCUACAUCCCGGACAAGAGCUCCGUGGUGGAGCUGUGCCCAUCCUGCGCCGUGUUGAAGAGGCAGAAUCUGGUGAAGAAGGUAGAGGUGCAGACCAACCAGCUGACGAUUUAUCUAGACCAGCUGACAAAGGAGGAGGAGACCUUUGCCUUCACCGCCACGCAGGACUUCCCAGUGAGGAACCUCCAGCCAGCCACCGUGACGCUGUAUGACUACUACGAGACGGGUGACCUCACGGAUGCUGCCUAUAUCGUACCUUGCAGCUCAGGUAGGGGCCAAGCUCGACAGGACAGGGGGAUCACCCCACCAUCGGCACCCUGA